GCAAAGCGCCGCCUUGGUUCUCAUUGUCCGCUGGUGACCCCGCGCUAACGCCGGGCCUGGAGCUGGCAUCUACCGCCUGCGACGCCUCGGUUUAUCUUUUCGUAGAUUUUCUGCAGGCGAUUGCCCAUUUGUGGCAAAGAAUGAGGGCGGGAUCCAGCACGACCCCAGGCCUUGCGGGCUGUGCGGGUAGCUAGGGAGUGCUGCCCGAGUGCUAACCCGGGGCCGCAGGGAGGCAGCAGCAUGCGGGAGAACCCCGGUCCAGGAAUUGUGCCGGCUGGGGUGCUUGGGGGCCUGAAAUCGCUGCAAGAGAGUCCCUGGCCGGGGCCCGUGAAUUAACAGCUUUCACCUGGGGUUCCGAGUCCACCCGGGUUUACAAUUUACCUGAUAGUGAGAUCUCCCAGCCCUUUUGGCCUGGGCGCCCUCCUGGGGGGAGGGGCCAACAAUCCAGGCUCCGCCAGUGAGCGCGGAUACUGGGUAGUGUGGGAGGGAAUUCUUUAAAAUUACCUGGGGCGUCUCAGGAGAAGAGUGAGGGCAGUCUAAGAUCUCCUGGAAAGGGUAGAGCCAAGAACUCUGAGGAUCUUCCUUGUACCCACUCCAUUUUCUCCUCCAACCGGGACAUCCAGGUUAGCAAUCCUUCUCAGGUAAGUUCCCGUCCCUCAGGUAGGAUCCUCUCUCCAGGUCAGAGCUAGACCAGAACUUUCCUGACAGGUGAAAGCUUUCCCUCUAACAGGCUAGAGCUUCCCCCAGGUAACAUUCCACCCCCACCCCCACCCCUCGGGAGAUAUUUCCAGGUAAGUACUUUCUCCCAGUCAAUGUGGGAGCCUCCUGCCAGGUCAGGGCUUCCCUCCCCUAGGUGAGAGUACCUCCUCUCCCCCACGGUCUCUUAUUCCCAGGUAGGAUAUUUUUUCCACUUCAGGUAGGAGCCUCUGGGCAAAUAAGCAAUUCCUCCUAUAUCAGAAUUUGCCUGGCUGGUGAAAGCUUUCCUGGAAGGUCAGUUGAAGCCUCUCUAGGUGAGAUUCCCCCCAGAAAGCUCCUUUUCUCAGGUAAAAUCUUUCCACCACUUCAAAUGGAUACUUCCCUUUCUAUCUGGGAGCCUCUCCCUCUAAGUGAGAGCUUCCCGCUCCAUGAAAGAUCCCUUCUCCUCAAGUGAGAACCAUCCCUUGGUUUUCCCAAACUAGGCUUGAGCUGUCUAAACCUGGACCCUGGGGAUGGAGGCCAAGGGGCAACCUUAGCCUCAAAGCAAUCCUUCCCUUAGAGGGGAAGGUCUCUACUGGAAGCCUGAGUUUUGGAGAGGGAGUUGCUUAAGGAACUGGACCCCUGGUUUGCUACAUCUCUUCCCUAAGUGUUCUCUGAGCCAGCCCAGCUAGCACUGGACUCCUGGGGUAGCUGGAUAAGGACUUGAGGACUGGAUGCAGACUAGCUAGGGGAAGAAAAGGAACUGGGAGGUGGUGUCCGUAGCUCAGUGGAUAGGGCACUGGUCACAUACACCGAGGCUGGCGGGUUUGAACCGGGCUCAUGCCAGCUAAACAACAAUGACAACUGCAAUAAAAAAUACCCAGGCAUUGUGGCAGGUGCCUAUAAUCCCAGCUACUCAAGAGGCUGAGUGAGGCAAGAGAAUCAUUUAAGUCCAAGAGUUUGAGGUUGCUGUGAGCUGUGACACCCCAACACAGUGACGGCAUAGUGAGACUGUCUCCAAAAAAAAAAAAAAGAAAAAGAAAAGGAGCUGGGAGAAAGGGGCUAGGAGGGAUGGUCAGCCUUGGCCCCCAGAGUAGUAGAAUGCUCAGGACUGGGCAGCCGUACCUGGGCUAUAGGUGUGGGUUAUGCUCAUCCUGCUGUCCCUUGUUGGGGGACUUUGGCCCAGAAAGACUUUUCCACCAGCCAAAGUUCAGGUACUGCCCUGCCUGGGUGUGGGCACGGGGCCUACUGAGCCAGCUGGGACUUGACCAACUGUACCUUGAUCUUGGGACCUUGAAAAAUCAGUGGGUGACUCUCUGGUCCCAGGUAGAGUUUUAGGGGAGGUUGGACCAGGGGUGUCCUCACUGUAUCUCUGGUCUUGCCACACCAGACCAAGGGACACACAGGCACUGCUGUCCACAACGCAGGCAAUGGAGCUGCGGAGGAGAGACUACCACGUGGAACGGCCAUUGUUAAAUCAGGAGCAGUUGGAGGAACUGGGGCACCAGGGCUCAGCACCUGGGACCCGCCAGUGGCGAACCUGGUUGCAGUGUUCCCUUGCGCAGGCCCGUGCUCUUCUGCUCCAAUGGCUCCCAGUUUUGGUCUGGUUACCCCGGUAUCCUGUGCGUGACUGGCUCCUAGGUGACUUGUUAUCUGGCCUGAGUGUGGCCAUCAUGCAGCUUCCACAGGGCUUGGCCUACGCUCUCCUGGCUGGGUUGCCCCCUGUGUUUGGCCUCUAUAGCUCCUUCUACCCUGUCUUCAUCUACUUCUUGUUUGGCACUUCCCGGCACAUCUCCGUGGGGACCUUUGCUGUCAUGUCUGUGAUGGUGGGCAGUGUGACAGAAUCCCUGGCCCCAAAUGAGAACUACCUGCAGGCCUCAAACUCCACGGUGAACGAGACGGCCAGAGAUGCUGACCGGGUGCAGCUGGCCUCUACACUUAGUGUCCUGGUCGGCCUUUUCCAGGUGGGGCUAGGUCUGGUCCACUUCGGCUUUGUGGUCACCUACCUGUCAGAGCCUUUGGUCCGUGCCUAUACCACAGCUGCAUCCGUUCACGUCUUCGUCUCACAGCUCAAGUAUGUGUUUGGCCUCCAUCUGAGCAGCCGCUCUGGGCCACUGUCCCUCAUCUAUACAGUGCUGGAGGUCUGCUGGAAGCUGCCCCAGAGUGUGGUCGGCACUGUGGUCACUGCAGCUGUGGCAGGGGUGGUGCUCGUGGUGGUGAAGCUGUUGAAUAACAAGCUACAGCAGCAUCUGCCUAUACCAAUACCAGGGGAACUGCUCACGCUUAUUGGGGCCACAGGCAUCUCUUAUGGCGUGGGCCUGAAGCACAGAUUUGGGGUGGAUGUUGUGGGCAACAUCCCUGCAGGGCUGGUGCCCCCAGUGGCCCCCAGCCCCAAGAUGUUCCCAGAGCUUUUGGGAAAUGCCUUCACCAUUGCCGUGGUUGGAUUCGCCAUUGCCAUCUCACUGGGGAAGAUCUUCGCCCUGAGGCAUGGCUACCGGGUGGACAGCAACCAGGAACUGGUAGCCCUUGGCCUCAGUAACCUCGUCGGGGGCAUCUUUCAGUGCUUCCCUGUGAGCUGUUCUAUGUCUCGGAGUCUGGUGCAGGAGAGCUCUGGGGGUAACACACAGGUUGCUGGAGCUGUCUCUUCCCUUUUUAUCCUCCUCAUCAUCAUCAAACUUGGGGAACUCUUUCAGGACCUGCCCAAGGCAGUCCUGGCAGCCACCAUUAUCGUGAACCUGAAGGGCAUGCUGAUGCAAUUCACUGACAUAUGCUCCCUCUGGAAGGCUAAUCGAACAGAUCUGCUCAUCUGGCUGGCAACCUUUGUGGCCACCAUCCUGCUAAACCUGGACCUUGGCCUGAUGGUUGCAGUAGUCUUCUCCCUGCUGCUCCUGGUGGUCCGGACACAGCUGCCCCACUACUCUGUCCUGGGGCAGUUGCCAGGCACAGACAUUUACCGAGAUGUGGCAGAGUACUCAGAGGCCAGGGAGGUCCCAGGUGUGAAGAUCUUCCGCUCCUCAACUACCGUGUACUUUGCCAAUGCUGAGUUCUACAGUGAUGCACUGAAACAGAGGUGUGGUGUGGAUGUUGAUCACCUCAUCUCCCAGAAGAAGCUGCUGCUCAGGAAGCAGGAGCAGCUAAAGUUGAAGCAAGUGCGGAAAGAGAAGAAGCUUCAGAAACAGGCUGCCUCCUCCAAGGACACCUCAGUUUCCAUUAAUGUCAACACCAGCCUCGAAGACAUCAAGAGCUACAAUGUGGAGGACUCCAAGCCCAAGCAGGUGAGCCCAGGGAAUAAACUGGAAGACACAGCAGCCAGUGGUCAAGAAGAUGCCAAGGCCCUAGACAUGUCCACACUGAAGGCCCUAGGCCUGCCUCAGCCAGACUUCCAUAGCCUUGUCCUGGACUUGGGUGCCCUCUCCUUUGUGGAUACUGUGUGCCUCAAGAGCCUGAGGAAUAUUUUCCAUGACUUCCAAGAGAUCGAGGUGGAGGUGUACAUGGCAGCCUGCCACAGCCCUGUGAUCACCCAGCUUGAGGCUGGACAUUUUUUUGAUGCAUCCAUCACUAAGAAGCAUCUGUUUGCCUCUGUCCAUGAUGCUGUCACCUUUGCCCUCCAACACCCGAAGUCUGGCCCGGACAGCCCUGUUUUGGUCACCAAACUCUGACCAUGCUGCCACCCUACCUGAGACUGCCUACCUCUCUCUGGAGGCUGUGAUGAGGUGCUUUUGAGAAACCCCCCACCCCUGGGCUGCCUCCAGGUCCCACCUAGGAGUCCCCUUCAUGCAUACACACACAUAACUCAGGGAUGGAGGUCCUGGGACUCCAAGUCAGUGUUCCAGGCCUGGGACAGUCAGGGUAGCACUGCCCAAAUGUGGGAAGGGAGCUGAUACAUGUAUUCAACCUCAGGAAUAAAGACUUGUCCUCCCAACUCCAGGCUGUGGUGUGGCUUGGUAUGGGUUUGGUGGUGAGUGAUCCAUAGCUCUGGCUUUGGCUCUUCUUAUGCCCCAGUGGGGUCAGAAGCUGAGGAGAAGAUUUAAAGAGGUGUGAGUCAGACAGGGUGAGUACAGAAGAGGAGAGUUGGGGGGCAUCACAGGUUCAGGUUCCCCCCAGCCAAGCCCAGCCUAGCCCAGUGUCAUCAGCUGUAAAGCAACUAGAAUUAGAGCUGCUUCUCAGGAAUGGUCUAUUCUUAGGUAUACCCCAUAAGGGGCAGGACAGGAUGGUGCUACUGGGCAGCCCCUGGA